AUGACCAUAAAACAACCACCUACCAGCCAUCAUAUAUCCUUGACGAACCCAACCUCGACAACCCUGUCCAUCGACAGCCUCAAGUUCGCAAUCUUGGCCCGCGUGUUCUCCCGGAUCCACAAAAAGGUGCUCAGCACCGUGGCCCUGAACCAGCCCGUCUCGGCCCGGACCCUCAUCUGGCCCUUGCCGACCACGUACAUGACCUUGGCCGCGUACGCGCGGUCGACCCUCUCCAGCUCCGCCACGAUGCGCACGUUCCUGUCCGCGGCGCCCGCCAUCGCAGCCGAGACCGCACCGGGGCCGAGGGCGGCGGCGGCGGCGGCCGUAGUAGUAUCCAGCGGCGGCAGGCUUCUGCGCUUCCUCAUGGCCUUUUCGUCGUCGACGGAGGCGCCGUCGGCCUCCGGCCCGGCGUCCCGACGCGCAUCUCCCGUGGCGGCCGCGACGGCCUCGACGGCGGCGCCCGUAGCGACGGCCCACUCUGCGCUGUCGCCGGCGCCGCGCUCCACGCCGCCCGCGGCCACAAACGCCCGCACCUGCUCGUAG